AUGCUGCCAUCAUCCCUCUCGGGCCGCCCAAAACAGAGAUACGGCCUCCCGCCGCCAGGCGGAGGGUACGCCAGCAACGGGGGAUACGCGCCGCUCCCGCUGUCGGCGUCGCGCGCCAUGACGGCCCUGCGGACACGCACACGUCUCACCAACCUCGCAGUGCUCAUCCUGCUCUCGAUCACGGGCGUAUCGCUCCUCACAAACAUGAGCUACAUGCUCUCGGGGUGGACGCCGGCGCCGCCGAGCGCGGUCAGCCUCUCGCGCGCGGCGUGGGACGAGUGGGACGAGCUCGCCUCGAGCGACAUGCUGCACUCUGGCCGGCCGCCCAGCGUCGAAACGACCAUCACGCGCGACUCGCGCAUGGCCGACGUCGACCACUUGAUCAUGGUCCCUGGCCACGCGGUAUGGACAGGUCACGACCCCAGCGUUGCGGCGAUUCACGACGACGACUGGGUACUGGAGCACUACCAGAAGGGGGGGAGCGUGCAGACGUAUGUGGGGCACAUUGAGCGCGGUGCCAAGCUCUUGAAGGAGGACCCGCACGCGUUGCUCGUGUUUUCCGGUGGCGCAACGCGGUCCCACACGUCCACCCCGCUGUCCGAGUCGGUGUCGUACCACCGCCUCGCGGUGGCCAGGGGCCUGCUGUCCGUCAGCGAGGUGGACGAGCAGUUGGCGCCGGCUGCGCGUGCCACGACCGAGGAGUAUGCUCUCGACUCGUACGAGAACCUCCUGUUCUCGAUGGCACGUUUCCGCGAGGUGACUGGGCGCUGGCCGGACCGCGUCACGGUCGUGGGGUACGGAAUGAAGCGGAAGAGGUUUGAACAGCUCCACCGCGGCGCGAUCCGCUUCCCGGCCCACAAAUUCAACUACGUUGGCAUCGACGACGAGGGCGACACAACUGAGCACUACUCUGGCGAGCUCAAACACGCCUACGCGCACUUCCUCUUCUCGCCUAGCGGCUGCCGGCCACCGCUGUCGCAGAAGCGUACUGACCGCAACCCGUACUCGCGGUACCCGCCGUACCACGCGUCGACGCCCGAGCUGGGCCCUCUGCUCGAAUGGUGCCCGCCACAGACGCUCGUGGGCGAGGUGGCCGUCCCAACGUCGCUGCGCGACAACGACCCAGGCGCGCCCGACAGCGGCAAGACGCCCCCCAAGGGGUUCGUUGUGUACGACGGGCAGGUGCCGUGGGACGAGGAGGUGAUUAUGGAUCGGGAGAGGGACUGAGGGG